AUGCCUCAUUCGACUAGAGGUCCAUCGCCUGGUCGAAUUGCUCAAACAAGCUUCAAAUUUCCUGGUGACACGAAGGCCAGCUCGCGCACAUCCAUGGAGAAAUUUCCAGACCUUGAUACUUCUGAUACAUUCGAUCAAUACGAUGGACAGCAAUCUUACAACUCACGAAGGUCCAAUGGAUAUGCCAAUGGAGGGCCUCCUCCUGUGGAUCGUUGGCAGCCACAAAGAAAUGGUAGAAUGAGAGGGGAUUCUUGGACAAAUGCAGAGUCGAGUAACGGUAGAGGGCAUAAAAAACAGAAGAGUCUCAGUGAUGCAUUCAAGACAAUUAAAUCUAGGAAAGGAAGUAUGAGUGCGAAUGUGCAUGAGAUAUCGGAUGCCCUAAAGGCACCAGUCUCUCCAAAAUUAAUUGUCCUAUGUAUAGUAUGGUAUCUUUCAAGCGCCCUGACAAACACAUCUUCAAAAUCUAUUCUGAAUGCAUUUCCAAAACCUGCGACUCUUACUCUCAUACAAUUUGCAUUUGUCGCAUUCUAUUGCCUAUUUUUCUCCUGGCUUUCCUCGACAUUUCCACAACUCAAAAAUGCGAUUCCUGCUUUACGACAUGGAAUUCGAUAUCCCACAAAAGAAGUGAUCAUGACCACAAUACCUCUCGCUGCUUUCCAAAUUGGUGGUCAUCUGCUAUCUUCUACUGCGACAGCCAAAAUACCGGUCUCGCUGGUUCACACUAUCAAAGGGCUGUCCCCCUUAUUUACGGUGGUCGCAUACCGACUUAUAUACAAUAUUCGUUACCCAGUGGCUACAUAUCUUUCCCUCGUCCCUCUCACACUCGGCGUCAUGCUUGCCUGCUCGGCAGAAUUUAAGGGGAACAUAUUUGGUAUAAUAUACGCUUUCCUCGCCGCGAUAAUAUUCGUCACUCAAAACAUAUUCUCGAAAAGGCUCUUCAAUGAAGCCGCAAUCGCAGAAGCGGCAGGUCAACCGCGUACCAAUAAACUAGACAAACUCAAUCUUCUUUGCUACUCAUCUGGUCUCGCUUUCGUCCUUACGUCACCUAUCUGGUUCUGGUCAGAGGGUAUUACUCUCUUAGGUGAUUUCUUCCACGACGGGUCUCUUGAUUUAAGUUCCCACCCAGAAGCCUUCGAUCACGGACGUCUAGCCCUCGAAUUCAUCUUCAAUGGAACCUUUCACUUCGGCCAGAACAUCAUCGCUUUCGUCCUCCUCAGCAUGGUUUCACCCGUCACCUAUUCCGUCGCCUCCCUCAUUAAACGUGUCUUUGUCGUCGUGAUUGCCAUCAUUUGGUUCCAAAACCCCACCACCAAAAUUCAAGGUCUAGGGAUCGCCCUCACAUUCUUUGGUCUCUACCUUUACGAUCGCACCAAGGGCUCUAAUAAAGCAGAUCGCAAAGCCAAACUGAUGAAUAUAAAAGAAGAAACCCUCCUUCCCCUGAACACAACCUCUGGCAACCUUAACCCCGGAACCCAAGCCCAUGUCCUAUUUGAAUCACCAAUUCAAGCCCGAGGCGGCGGUUACUCUUUAUCUUCGGGUAAUUCGGAUAACAAAAAAUCUGACGAUAAUUCCUACGAUAAAAUGGGGAGGUUGAGGGGCAGUAGUAAUGCUUCUUGGUUACCGCCUGGGACUAGACAAGAGGAUACUUGGAGACCAAGGGAAAUUAUUGCGAAUGGGCCCGGUGUUAAUGGAAACGGCAGUGGCAUUUCCAUUAACUAG